UUCUGUUAAAAUAUUUAUGUUCUAUUGGAAAGCAGCUCAUGAGUAAAAGGAGGGACCCUUUUUAAUUUCAGUAACGAUUCGGCCAAUGAAAUUUAAAGAGAACUGCGGAAUGAAGGCAAUACACAGGCUCCCAUCAUGCUUUGUUGGGUACCCAAGCGGAGAAGAAUAAAGCCGUUGCCGUGUGCUUGUUCACCAAUAUUAGGGAGUUGCACUUGCGUUUUAAGACUCACUGGAGCAACGGGUUCUUGGAACAGGAGAGGAAUCUAGCCACAGCUCAAUCAAUCAUGAACUUCCUUAGAAGACGUCUUUCAGAUAGUAGCUUUGUAGCCAAUUUACCCAAUGGCUAUAUGAUGGACCUUCAGCGGCCUGAGAGUCCUACCAGCUCUCCUGCUUCUCCGGCUCCAGAGAGAAAGCAACAGCAGACACCAGCUUCUGCCACAUCCACAGGAAGCAGCUUCCUCAGUUCUUUUUCUGGUGUUGUCAAGCAGAACACACCUGGCCAGACCGAGCCAGUGGUCACUGCUCCUGUUGUAAGAAAACCCAAGAUUCUGCUCGUCAUUGAUGAUGUCCACACUGACUGGUCCAAGUACUUCCGUGGAAAAAAGCUGAAUGGAGAGUAUGAAAUCAGAGUGGAACAGGCAGAGUUUUCAGAGAUUAACCUUGCAGCAUAUGUAAAUGGAGGCUGUAUGAUUGAUAUGCAACUCAUAAGGAAUGGCACCAAAGUAGUCAGGUCCUUCAAACCAGACUUCGUUCUGAUUCGUCAGCAUGCCUAUAGCAUGACUCAGGGAGAAGACUUCCGCAGCCUGGUGAUUGGUCUUCAGUAUGGCUGUGCCCCAGGCUUGAACUCACUCAUGUCCAUCUACAACUUCUGUAGUAAACCCUGGGUGUUUUCCCAGAUGAUAAAAAUAUUCCACACAUUGGGUCCAGAGAAAUUCCCAUUGAAUGAGCAAACGUUCUAUCCCAAUCAUAAAGAAAUGAUCACAGCUCCAACAUUUCCAGUUGUGGUAAAGAUGGGACACGCACACUCUGGGAUGGGAAAGAUAAAAGUUGAAAACCAGUACGAUUUUCAAGACAUAACCAGUGUGGUUGCACUGGCAAAAACCUAUGCUACAUCUGAACCUUAUAUUGAAUCCAAAUAUGACAUCAGGAUCCAGAAAAUUGGCAGCAAUUACAAGGCCUACAUGAGAACCUCAAUCUCUGGCAAUUGGAAAGCAAACACAGGUUCUGCAAUGUUAGAACAAAUUGCUAUGACAGAUCGAUACCGACUGUGGGUUGACUCCUGUGCUGAAAUGUUCGGAGGCCUUGAUAUAUGUGCAGUGAAAGCUGUCCAUGGAAAAGAUGGAAAAGAUUACAUCAUUGAGGUUAUGGACAGCUCUAUGCCUCUGAUUGGGGAGCAUGUAGAAGAAGACAGGCAGCUAAUUGCAGAUCUUGUUGUGAAUAAAAUGAGUCAGCUUGUAACUGGUCAAAUAUCACCUCAGAAGCCUGUUUCUUUGUCCCAGGUUCAAGUACAGUCCCAGCCCCAGCAUGGACCACCAGCUGGCCAUCCCAAACCUGCAGCCCAAGGUGGCCCUCGAUCAGGAUCCAGUUCACCAGCUCAGUCCUCCCAGGGGUCACCCCAACGUGCCAGAUCUGCAAGUACAUCCCCCAGCCAAGCCUUCCAGCCUGGCCCCUUCCUGCAACAGCAGCCUAAGCCAGCAGCCCAGGGAGAGGGCACCUCUCAGACAGGACCAGGGGCGGCUCCACAGAGACAGCCCCCGCAGCUAAAUAAAUCCCAGUCUCUGACAAAUGCCUUCAGCAUUUCCGAAACCCUGCAGCGUGGCAAUGCAUCCGAAGACGAGGCCAAGGCAGAAACUAUAAGAAGCUUGAGGAAAUCAUUCGCCAGUCUUUUUUCUGAUUAAUUUUUCAAAUUUACUCAGGCAGAACCUUACAAACAUACAGUAGAGUAUGAAGGAACCUGAAACGUGGGUCCUCCAUUAAGUCAGGGGGAUGAUUUAACCUAUGCUGCCCCCCUAAUGACCAUGACGACAUGACAGAAUUCAUAAGCCAUUUUAGGAAAAAACAACAUAAUGAUGGUAACUCUUAAGUUGUCUCAAUGAACCCUUUUAAUUUUUCUUGUUUAAUGUUUCUCUUUGUGGUAAUUUAUGAUUAAGGUAACACUUGGUGUAUAUUUAUUGAAUACUCAGAUACUUUACUGAACUCUAUGGACUCUGAUUAUUAUAUACCAUAUCCUAACAAAUAAUAGUAUAAAUGCAAAAUAUAUGUUGUUCAUGUUCACAACAUUGCAGUUUCCAAUGCCUAAAAUACAGAUAUGUCUUCAGUUAAGUUUUAUACUACAUUUGAAACUUGGUACUGUACAUCUUUAACGGUGAUGGAUCAGCCCUCUCCUUGCCCCAGGAGAACUGUGGAAUAACUGGUUUUCAUUAGAACUUGAGGGAUUGUGAAUGCAAAAAUCUAUAAAUGACUAUAAAUGGUAACAAAGCUGCUGGCAAUACCACUUAACAUCUGUGCAGCUCUCACCUGUGGCAAAGAGUCAUACCUGUUUUCCUAUAGAGUGUGCCUACUGACAUUAUAUUUACUUUUUAUCAACAUUGUACAACAA